CGAGCCAGAGCCGGGAGCCAGCGCUGCCGCUCACAAAGCGCGGACUGCGCGGCGGCGGCGGCAGGAGCAGGAGCGAGGCCAGAGCUUCCCCGCGACCGGACCACAGGAGCUCCCGCCACUCGGACGCGGGGACACGGGCCAGCCCCCAAGAUGCCGGCGAUGGCGGUGCUGGCGGCCGCGGCGUGGUGCCUCCUGCAGGUGCACGGCCGGCGCCUGGACGCGCUGGCGGGGCGCGCGGGCCCCAACGGCAAUUUCCUGGACAACGACCAGUGGCUGAGCACCGUCUCGCAGUACGACCGCGACAAGUACUGGAACCGCUUCCGAGACGAAGUUGAGGAUGAUUAUUUCAGGAACUGGAAUCCCAGCAAGCCCUUCGACCAAGCCCUGGACGCGUCCAAGGACCCCUGCCUGAAGGUGAAGUGCAGCCCUCACAAGGUGUGUGUGACCCAGGACUACCAGACGGCCCUGUGUGUCAGCCGCAAGCACCUGCUUCCCAGGCAAAAGAAGGGGACUGUGGCCCACAAACACUGGGCGGGACCUUCGAAUCUGGUCAAGUGCAAACCCUGCCCAACCGCACAGUCAGCCAUGGUCUGCGGCUCUGAUGGCCACACCUACACAUCCAAGUGCAAGAUGGAGUUCCACGCCUGUUCCACUGGCAAGAGCCUCAGCACCCUCUGUGACGGGCCCUGCCCAUGUCUCCCCGAGCCCGAGCCUCCGAAGCACAAGGCAGAGAAGAAUGCCUGCACGGACAAGGAGCUGAGGAACCUCGCCUCCCGGCUGAAGGACUGGUUCGGAGCCCUUCAUGAGGACGCCAACAGGGUCAUCAAGCCCACCAGCUCCGAGGCGGCCCAAGGCAGGUUUGACACCAGCAUCCUGCCCAUCUGCAAGGACUCCCUGGGCUGGAUGUUCAACAAGUUGGACAUGAACUAUGACCUCCUGCUUGACCACUCGGAGAUCAAUGCCAUCUACCUGGACAAGUACGAGCCCUGCAUCAAGCCUCUCUUCAACUCCUGUGACUCCUUUAAGGACGGCAAGCUCUCCAACAAUGAGUGGUGCUACUGCUUCCAGAAGCCGGGAGGUCUCCCUUGCCAGAAUGAAGUGAGCAGGAUCCAGAAGCUGAGCAAGGGGAAAAGCCUGCUGGGAGCAUUCGUACCGCACUGUAACGAGGAGGGCUACUACAAAGCCACGCAGUGCCACGGCAGCACUGGCCAGUGCUGGUGCGUAGACAAGUACGGGAACGAGCUGGCGGGCUCCAGGAAGCAGGGCGCUGUGAGCUGUGAAGAGGAGCAGGAGACCUCGGGGGACUUCGGCAGCGGCGGCUCCGUGGUGCUGCUGGACGACCUCGAGGACGCGCGGGAGCCGGGGCCCAAGGACCAGCCGGGGAGGCUGCGGGCGCACACCCGGGCGACCGAGGACGAUGAGGACGAGGACGACGACAAGGAGGACGAGGUCGGCUACAUAUGGUAGUGCCCGCGGGGAGAGGGCACGGCCCACGGCCGGCACAGACUGCAGGUCCCUUCCCGUCCCGCAUCUGUAUCUCAGACUCCGCGCACCACGGCCUCUCCUCCCUGCUGCUCUCCGGCGGGCCUGCCAUCCGGACGACCCCUGUUCCCAGAGCUUUCCGAUUGUGCGCGGGCUGUGUGGGGAGGAAGGUGUUGUUUGGUGUUUGGACGGGACUGGCUGCCGAAGGAGAGCCUCCUCCCCUCCCAUGAGACUUGUCCAGCGAGCAUGUGGUGGACGUGGGGUUCUGACGGUGCAGGGAGCCCCACCCUCUCAACAUCAAAGACCCUUCCCGACUCCCCACUCCAGUGGUUGUACAGCAUGGUUCCCGCCUUACGGUGUCUAAGUGCUUUUCUUCUGUCUCGUGGAUGUCGUGGGAAACACGCCACACCGUCCUUCCUUCCCCCCCGCGCCCGCCACCCCUGGUGUGUGUUGUUAAAAAUUAGUUACUCCCGUCACUGUAUCUGGCUUCCUACAAACAACGGCCUUAAUUCAGUCAAGAAUCCUUUUGGGGAACUGGUUUUCUUUAUUAAGAAUGGUCUCUGGACACUUCUCUGUGUGUGUGUGUGUGUGUGUGUGUGUGUGUAUGUGUAAAUAUGCACACAUUUACAGAGAGACCGUGUGUGGAAGCCAGGUUCACACCCGCUCAGAAAACAAUGACAGCUUGUCCAACCCGGAUCACAAUUCUGGAACAAAGUGUCCCCAGGUCCGUUUUUGCACUAACACUUGGCACUGGUAGCUGCAGGCGGAGGAGGGUCCUUCCUGGAGCCCCUUUGACUAGGAUGGGCCUCUGUCUGCCGAACUCACCUGUCCUGCCCAAACCAUGCAACCCCGCGUGGGCCGCUUCACAAGCCAUUCCCCUCAUUCCACCCGAAGCCCCGGGCGCAGCAUCCUGUCUGCCCAGGGUCCCGCCUCCCCUGCCUACCAAGGGCUUCUCUAAGGCAUGGCCACAUGCCCCUGCUCACCAAGAGUCAGUACACGUAUUUCUUAGGAGAAGAAAAAUUAGGAUUCUGAACUCCAGGUUUAGCAUUUGCCCCCAAUUCCAUCCACAAAUCAUGAUGUGAGACACAAGCAAUACAGGAUCCCCCACCGAGGCCUAGAAAGAGCUUCAGAGUGAGGGUUGGACUUUCAGAGCCAGUCCCGUCUCCACACCCUCACCCACAUCAGUGUCAAGGUCCGAAUGAAGAAAGCCCUUCGCCAUUUGUGCUUCUUUCCCUCAGUAACAUUUGGUGGAGUCGUCACUGCCCCCGGCUCCAGGAUGAGUACCAAAGAGCAGUCUUCAGCGUGGCCCCUGCCAUUCAGUGCAGGCCCUGCAGCACCUGGCCACCUGGGUGCCCCACCAGCCACCCGGCAAGGCUCUCUGCCCCACAUUUGUUUUUCUUCCUGUCCCUGUAAGCUCCAGCUAGUCCACAAAAAGACGUAAACUCAGGAAAAAAAAAAAAAAAAAAAGAAUGGAUUCAGCCAAACCAUGAUCGCAGUGGCAGCUGACCAACUGUCCACCCCAAAAUGCCCAUUUCUCUGUACUUUCCCUACUCACCUCAGCUAGCCUUUUCCAACCUGGACAAAGUGGCUGUAGUCUCAGAUGGGAAAUGAACAAGCCUGAUGUAGCGAAUCCCUUAGGCCCCAUAGACGCAAGGGUAGCCAGGACCCUGGAUCCCAGACGUAGGGAGGUCACUGGUAAGCUCGGUAUUCAGAUCGCAACUCCCUCACCUCCCUGUUAAUGUUCUUUUCCUAACCUGCACAAAACUUUGAGGUCAUCGUCUAGAAAACAGGUGCUUCAUUGCAGCUAAAUUACAAGAGAGUAUAUAAAAAAAGACAUUAAAAAAAAUCUCAGUGUAGGCCCUCAAAGAAAACCAUUGUCACCGUCUCCUCCAAGCUUGGGACAAUGCACGAGAGGAGAAAUUAAAAUCAACAAAUUGAUUUCCCUUAGCAAAACUAAUUAUCUUAUGACAAGUGUCAGAUUAAAGACACUUAAAGCUCCUUGACAUUAGCUUAAUGAUGGAGAAGAGUGCUCAGGAGUCGGUUCCCAGGAAGUGCUGAGCUGCUCCUUUUCAGAGGCAUUCCAAGAAGGUAUCUGGCUCAUCAAAAUAUGACAUAAGAAGCCCUCCUGCCAGGAGAAUCCCGGGACAGCAGAGCCCCAUUAGCCACUUCUUGUGCCUCACACUGGCAUGGCAGCACUAGAUUCUUUAAAAUAUUUAAUGAUUUCCACUUGUGAACAUUACUAAAGAUUAGAUUCUUUUAGUUACGUUGGCCUUAGAAGGAGAAUUGUUGCUUCCUUUCUUUGGCAGGAGUCCUUUAGGUAGUGACAAGGUAUCCAUAAAAAUUAUUAUGAAAAUACUUCUGUGAUUAUCUAGUCCCUUGUCUGAGAUGGGCAUUGAAUCCUCGCUCAUUUUUGGAAGCUUCUUUGCUAAUAAUUUUAUUCAUAUUUCAUAAAGACUUCUUUCCUUGGCAUCCAACUUAAAUCCUAGAAUUUUCUCCCACCAUGCUUAGGUGUCUGCCACAUCGAUGUCUUUUUGUGUCCACGGAUAUUCUAGGCAUGGAAGCCACGCCAUGUGGAAUAUGAGGUUUUGGAUCGGUGUCCCCUCUGUAGGCCCGUUCCCCAGGCCCAGCAGGGAAUGACGAUGCCUUGCCCAGGUCUGCCCUCUGCCUCGCCCAGGAUUCCAUUCUUUUGUUUUCAUCUUGGCCACACUGUACAGUAACAUCCCAGAGUCCUUUCUGCAGUGGGUGGUUCGGGUCUUUUUAUACCUUUUUCUCAAUGUCGCUGAUGUGUGUCCCUGUUCCGUGUGUAGCAUUUGUAACGAGAGCCACCAAAUCCCAGUGUCAGUUUGCUGUCCCUCUUGUAAAUGGAAUAGUGAUGUAGACAACUAGUAAAUUCUGAAUGCUUUUUGACGUAGACUUAUCUGGAAUGUGAACAUGACUCUUUGGUUAAUAGUAACUGCUUAACUGUAGUCCCGAGUAGGUGCAUUUCUGUCUGUCUCAGUAAAUUUUAAUUUGUCUGCA